UGACACAGGCCUUAUGACCGGAAGUAUGACGUUUUUACAUCGGCUGAAGUGCAUUGUGUACUGACUGCCGUAAAACAACCGAAGAUAUUGCAAAUAAAGAACCAACUGUUGGUCCACAUCUUGCUCGACGACGGACAAACGCAACAAUACCUAUCUAACCAAGAAACAUCAAACAUGACAGCGGCAGUGUUUUUUGGUUGUACCUUCAUUGCAUUCGGCCCUGCCGUUUCACUGUUCCUGUUUACAAUCGCCCAGGAGCCUCUGAGGGUCAUCUUUCUCAUAGCAGGGGCGUUUUUCUGGCUUGUGUCUCUCCUGCUGUCCUCUCUGGUUUGGUUCAUCUCCGUUCAAAUAAGUAAUAAGGAGAGUGCGGUCCAGCAGAAAGGCCUCCUCAUUUUUGGGGUGGUGCUGUCCGUUCUCCUGCAGGAGACCUUCCGCUUCGCUUACUACAAGCUGCUCAAGAAAGCAAAUGAAGGGCUCCUCGCCCUCAGUCAGGAGGAAACGAUGCCCAUCUCCAUACGACAACUGGCUUAUGUGUCUGGCCUUGGUUUUGGAUUCAUGAGUGGCGCGUUUUCUGUGGUGAACAUUCUGGCUGAUUCGGUUGGUCCAGGAACUAUUGGGAUCCAUGGAGACUCGCAGCACUACUUCCUGUCUUCAGCAUUCAUGACGAUGGCCAUUAUCCUCCUCCACAUGUUCUGGGGCGUGGUCUUCUUUGAUUCCUGUGAGAAACAGCAAUGGUGGGCGGUUGCUGCUGUUGUCAUCAGCCACCUGGUCGUUUCCUGUCUGACCUUCCAGAACCCGGAGUAUGUUGCCAGCCUGAUUCCCACCUACAUUAUCUUGUUCCUAAUGGGCACGUGGGCCUUUUACUCUGCCGGCGGGUCCCUCAGGAACCUCAAACUUUGCCUGACCUGCAAAGAUAAAGAUUUCCUGCUUUCCAACCACCGGGCCAGAUAACGCACCACUCCAGGGAGCUUGCAAGAGUCUCCAUCCAAAAUCCCACACUCACAUGCACGCUGAACACCAUAAGAGAGCGGUGGUUCUCUGUUAAUCUGAAUUUUGAAUUUGAACCUAAGGGUACUUUUUAGUUUAAAAAAGAAGUUUACAUGGAGCCAUGCAUUUCGAUUAGAAUUCAAAUGAUCACAAAUGCUCCACAUGAACGACUCAACCGGAAUAAAAAGGCAGAAUUCAUGUGACAUUUAUAUCAAUCUCCACAUGUUACACGGCUGUAACACAUCUUGAUUUAAUUAACAUAGUGGACAAUGUAAAGGACAGAUUGGAAUAGAUCACCUCAUAUGUAAAACGGUUGGCCAGAGAUCCGAAGUCAGAAUCAUUUCAGUUGGAAUUACAAAAAAAUGUGUAAACCUGACUCAUGACUUACUAUUUGCAGAGGGAAAAUAAUGGUAACACUUUAUAAUAAUGUCCACUUGUAAAGUACACUUCAUAAACAAUGAACUAAUGAUGAACAUAACAUUUACAAAUGUUUGUAAAUGAGUAAGAUAUUGUCUGUUAAUAAUAUAUAAGUUGUUAAUAAUUAGUAAACCAAUCAACAAUCAAUCUUACUCAUUUACAAACAUUUGUAAAUGUUACAUUCAUCAUUAAUUAAUUGUUUAUGAAGUUUUAUCAAUGCUUCACAAGUAUACUUUACAAAUAUUUUACAAAUGAUUCAUGAUUAGUGCUGUUAAUACUUUAUAAGCUGACAUUAUUAUAAAGUGUUACCAAAAUAAUAUUUUAAGAAAAUAUACUCUUUUACUGAAUAGAGCCCAUACUUUUAAUUUGUUGAAAUGUUACAGGAAGUCUCUGUUGAUUUUCAUAAGCUUCGCUCCAAGAUUACAAGCAUGUAGUCAUAUUGUCAUAAGUUUGAACACUCAGGAAGGUUUUCGUUUUAGUAAUGGGUCAUGUUUUUCAAAGGAUUAUGAUUAAUUAAAAACAUAAUAUGUAAUCGACAUCAUUACCCUGAGUAAAUGUUUGACAACAUACGUAAAGCAAUGGACUUUAUGAGAUGAAUGUUGUAUAUUUCUGGGUCGUUCAAACUGAUUUGAUGUCAUGUUCAAUUGACAUGAUUUAUUCAACAGCUCGCUUCAAACACUUUGAGAUCAGUAAGAACAAAGUUUGAUGCGAAAGCUUUGUAAAUUUCUGAAUGUUGUGUUUCUUUGUUGCCUUUAUUAUAAGUUGCAUUUGUUGAUAAGCACUGCAUUGUCUUAUAUUUUAGUAAUUUAGGGUGAGUAUAAUUAUGCCGGAAUCUUUUGUUUUUUUUCAUCGCUAUGCAAGUUCUGCUUAAUCUUUCUGGACCAGAUGUUUAGAUAUGUGUGCCAAUCUUUGUUUUGUUAAGAAAGGAAAACAAAGCAAAAUUCACAUACAAGUCUGAAUGGUUCACAACGGUAAUUGUAUUAGAACCGGUAAGAUGCAGGAGAGAAGUGUCAUUUGUUUGCACUGGAAUUGUCUCAAAUAAAUUUGUUGUAUUCCAUUUUGAAAUGUU